UUGACAGGCUAACGCUGCCUCUGGAAUGGGUGUGCACGACGACUGUAAACUGAAGUUCUUGGAAUUAAAAGCAAAGAGAAACUACCGUUUCAUUGUGUUCAAGAUUGAGGCUCAACAGGUGGUGGUCGAGAAGCUUGGUGGCCCCAGAGAAAGUUACGAUGAUUUCACUGCCUCUCUGCCUCCUAGUGAAUGCCGCUAUGCUGUCUUUGAUUUUGAUUUUACCACUGAUGAAAAUGUCCAGAAGAGCAAGAUUUACUUUAUCGCCUGGUCACCGGAUUCAUCGAAGGUGAGGAUGAAGAUGGUGUAUGCAAGCACAAAGGACAGAUUUAAGAGGGAAUUGGAUGGAAUUCAAGUUGAAUUGCAAGCAACUGAUCCCAGUGAAAUGAGCCUCGACAUUGUAAAAGCUCGUGCAAUUUGAAUACUUUCAUCCCUACUUCACUUCCCCACCACACAAAAAAUGUUUGUAUUUCAAGGAUUAUAUUGUUUCAUUCUUUAGUUGUUUUUAUUUACAAUGAACUGUUUAGCAUAAUGUAACACGACACGAUAUUCUGUAAUUUUCAAAUUUUUAUGUUGAAUAUUUGUUCAAAAUCAAUGGAAUGAUAAUGAACUAAUUUUUG